AGGACGACCAAGAUGAAUGGCCACCGCCUCCUGCUGGAGAACGCUCAGCAAGUGGUGCUGGUGUGUGCCCGCGGAGAGCUAUAUCUGACAGGGUCUGAGCUGCGCAGCCUGGCAGUGCUGGAGGGCGCCAGCCUGGUGGUGGGCACUGAUGGGCUUAUAAAAGCUGUUGGCCCUGCUGACAUUAUCCGAAGACAGUUUUCCGGAGAAACGUUUGAAGAAAGAAUUGAUUGCUCUGGAAAAUGCAUCUUGCCAGGUUUGGUGGACGCGCACACACAUCCGGUGUGGGCUGGUGAAAGAGUCCAUGAGUUUGCAAUGAAGUUGGCAGGGGCCACGUACAUGGACAUCCACCAGGCUGGAGGAGGGAUCAACUUCACGGUGGAGCACACGCGCCAAGCCUCGGAGGAGGAACUGUUCCGCUCCUUCCAGCAGCGGCUGCAGUGCAUGAUGAGGGCCGGCACCACACUGGUGGAGUGCAAGAGCGGAUAUGGCCUCAACCUGGAGACAGAGCUCAAGAUGCUGCGUGUAAUCGAGCGUGCCCGGCGGGAGCUGCACCUCAGCCUCUCUGCCACUUACUGUGGGGCUCACUCAGUACCCAAAGGGAAAACUGCUGUGGAAGCUGCUGAUGACAUCAUCAGUCACCACCUGCCAAGGCUGAAGGAACUCAGCGAAAAGGGGGAACUGCAUGUGGACAACAUAGACGUGUUCUGUGAGAAGGGCGUCUUUGAUCUGGAUACCACCAGAAGGAUUCUGGAAGGUGGAAAAAAGGUGGGGUUACAGAUCAACUUCCACGGGGAUGAACUCCACCCAAUGAAGGCCGCUGAGCUUGGGGCGGAACUAGGAGCACGGGCGAUCAGCCACCUGGAGGAAGUCAGCGAUGAAGGCAUCGCUGCCAUGGCUGCGGCCCAGUGUUCCGCUGUCCUUCUGCCCACCACGGCCUACAUGCUGAGGCUGAAGCAGCCUCGCGCCAGGAAGAUGCUAGAUGAGGGAGUCAUAGUUGCUCUGGGCAGCGAUUUCAACCCCAACGCGUACUGCUUUUCCAUGCCUAUGGUCAUGCACCUGGCCUGUGUGAACAUGAGGAUGUCCAUGCCAGAGGCUUUGGCCGCUGCCACCAUCAAUGCGGCUUAUGCACUGGGAAAGUCUCACACCCACGGAUCUUUGGAAGUUGGCAAGCAGGGGGAUGCCAUCAUCAUCAAUGCAUCCAGAUGGGAGCAUUUGAUUUACCAGUUUGGAGGCCAUCAAGAAUUAAUUGAUUAUGUUAUAACUAAAGGAAAAGUCAUCUAUAAAAAGUGA